AUGAGGAUCGUGCUGCUGGGAAACAGAGUAGCUGGGAGGAGUACCUCAGGAAACACCAUCCUGGGCAGAAAGGUGUUUGACAACUCACAAAGAACAGCUGAGUGUGCGAAGAGAGAUGGAGCAACCGCAGGGAGAUGCAUCACUGUAGUGGAGGCACCAGGAUGGUGGUGUGAUAGCACUGUGGCGCUAACUCCUGAACGUGAUAAACGAGAGAUUCUCCUCAGUGUGUCUCUGUGUCCUCCGGGACCCCAUGCUCUACUCCUGGUCAUUGAUGCCAGAAUACCAUUCACAGAGAAACACAAAAGAUCGAUGCAGCAACACAUGGAGUUGCUGGGGGAGAGAGUAUGGAAGCACUCAAUAGUAUUGUUCAACAGAGGAGACAGUUUUGGAGACACAAACAUUGAGCAGCACAUUGAGAGUGAAGGAAAGUCUCUUCAGUGGGUUGUAGAGAAAUGUGGGAACAGGUAUCAUGUUUUGAACAAUAAGAAGAGAGAUGCUGACCAGGUGGCAGAGCUGCUGGAGAAGAUAGAGGAGAUGGUGUCAGGAAACAGGGGCCAUCACUUUGACUUUGAUGCAAAGAUGAUGGAAGAAGUGAUGAUGAAUAAGGAGGAAGAGGGGAGAAGAGCAGAAGAGAGGAAGAUGAAAGUACAGACACAGAGAGAAACUCUCAGAUCAUCAUCAGGUGACCUGCCCCAACUCUCAGACUUUAAGAUUGUGCUGCUGGGAAACAGAACAGCUGGGAAGAGCUCAUCAGGAAACACCAUCCUUGGACAAUCAAAGUUUGACACCUCAGGAGGAACAGCUGAGUGUGUGAAGAGAGUAGGUGAAAUAGCAGGGAGAAGCAUUACUGUAGUGAAAGCACCUGGAUGGUGGUUUCACUCCACUGUAGAUCAAACCCCUUAUCGUGAUAAACAAGAGAUUGUCCUCAGUGUGUCUCUGUGUCCUCCAGGACCCCAUGCUCUACUCCUAGUCAUUAACUUGAGUCACACAUUCAGAGAGACAAACAGACGAGCAGUGCAGCAACACAUGGAGCUGCUGGGUGAGAGCGUCUGGAGUCACACUAUUGUGCUGUUUACCAGGGGGAACUGGCUGGGAGACACAACCAUUGAGCAGCACAUUGAGAGUGGAGGAGAGAAUCUGCAGUGGGUUGUAGAGAAAUGUGGGAACAGGUAUCAUGUUGUAGAGAACAGGAAGAGUGAUAUUGGCCAGGUGACAGAGCUGCUGCAGAAGAUAGAGGAGAUGGUAGCAGGAAACAGAAAUAGCAGAAAUAUUUGUAUGAAACUGCAAGAGAAGAAUAAGGAAGAAGAGAGAAGAGCAGAGGAGAGGAAGAGGAAGGUGCACAAGCAGAGACAGAUUACAUCAGCAGGUGGAGUUCCACAUAUUUCUGACAUGAAGGUUGUGCUGCUGGGAAACAUAAAUGCUGGGAAGAGUUCAUCAGGGAACACCAUCCUGGGCAGAGACGAGUUUAGCACCUCAGGAAGAACAGCUGAGUGUGUGAAGAGAGAAGGAGCAACAGCAGGGAGACACAUCACUUUAGUGGAGGCACCAGGAUGGUGGAAAAACUACACUGUAGAGCAAACUCCUGAACGUGCUAAACGAGAGAUUGUCCUCAGUGUGUCUCUGUGUCCUCCAGGACCCCAUGCUCUACUCCUGGUCAUUGAUGUGAGUUUUGUGUUCACAGAGACACACAAAAGAGUAGUGCAGGAACAUAUGGAGUUGCUGGGUGAAAGAGUUUGGAGUCACACAAUAGUGCUGUUCAUCACAGUGGACUGGCCGAAAAACGCAACCAUUGAGAAGCACCUUGAGAGUGAAAGAGAAGCACUUCAAUGGAUUGUAGAGAAAUGUGGGAACAGGUAUCAUGUCUUUAAUAAUACAAACAGGGAUGGUGGCCAGGUGGCAGAGCUGCUAGAGAAGGUAGAGGAGAUGGUGGCAGGAAACAAGGGCCAGGGAUUUGACUUUGAUUUAAACUUAACACAACAACUGAUGGAAAAGAAGAAGGAAGAAGAUAGAAGAGCAGAGGAGAGGAAGAUGAAGGUGCACAAGCAGAGACAGACUCUCAGAUCAUCAGCAGACAUUGUGUGUAUUUCAGACAUGAGCAUUGUGCUGGUGGGAAGCAGAUAUGCUGGGAAGAGUUCAUCAGGAAACACCAUCCUGGGUAGAAAGGAGUUUAGCACCUCAAGAAGAACAGCUGAGUGUGUGAAGAGAGAAGGAGCAACAGCAGGGAGACACAUCACUGUAGUGGAGGCACCAGGAUGGUGCAGCAACUUAACAGAGCAAACUCCUAAACGUGAGAAACAAGCAAUUGCCCUCAGUGUGUCUCUGUGUCCUCCAGGACCCCGUGCUCUACUACUGCUUAUUAAUGUGAGUAAGUCAUUCACAGAGACACAGAGAAGAGCAGUUCAGGAACACAUGGAGCUGCUGAGUGAGAGAGUCUGGAGUCACACUAUAGUGCUGUUCACCAGAGGGGACUGGCUCGGAGACACAAGUAUUGAACAGCACAUUGAGAGUGGAGGAGAGGCUCUGCAGUGGGUUGUAGAGAAAUGUGGGAACAGGUAUCAUGUAUUAAACAAUAAGAAGAGUGAUGGUGGCCAGGUGACAGAGCUGCUGGAGAAGAUAGAGGAGAUGGUGGUGAGAAACAGAGGAGAAUGGAGUAUGGAGGAGCCUAUUAAUUUUAGUGAAGGCUUUCCUGAUGACCUCUCCAUGGGUGAUUCUGCACAUGCUAAACCAACACCUGAAUCUCAGGCCUAUAAGCAGCUCAGCACUGCUGCCUCUACUCAGAGCUCUGGGUUUGGCUCGGCUGAAACAGGGGAGAGGAGUGGAUCUGCUGAGAAGUGGCAAGCGUUCCAAGUGAAAACGCCCUUUGUGGAUGAAACCACAAUUCGUGUUAAUUAUACAGCAUGCAUCGGCCAAGGCGCUUAUGGAAAAGUUUACAGGGGAUCAUACCAGGGAACAGCAGCUGCUGUAAAGAUUUUGGCAGUAGGAGACAAUCCAGUGAAAACAAAUGAGUUCAUGGUAGCUUUGCAUUUAUCUCACCCCAACAUUGUGUGGAUGAUGGCUGUAGCCACAAGUGAGACACAGAUCCUCAUUGCUAAUGAGUACAUCCAUGGUGCCAACCUGCAGCAGGUUGUUUACACAGACACUCCUAUCCAGCUGCAGCCUGAGGACAAACUGUUUGUGGCUUUAGAGAUUGCUAUGGCUGUUGAAUACAUCCAUGGUAAACAGAUCAUCCACCAAGAUCUGAAACCAGCUAAUAUAAUGAUUGCAGCAAAGAACAGACAGGCCUACCUCACUGACUGGGGUCUGGCAAACCUAAAGGAAACCCUAACAAGCAGUCAGACAGGGGCUCACUGUGGCCCAAUUGGAGGAACCCCUCCCUACAUGGCUCCAGAAUGCCUAGUGGAGUGUAAGAAAUGCAGCACCAUGUCAGACAUGUGGUCUCUUGGCAUCACUCUUCUGGAGAUGUUCACCAACUCUAAACCUUGGACAAACAGUGACAAACAAGAAAUUCGUGAGCUUCUUUAUAAUCGAAAACCUCCUCUUGCUCUGCCUGAAUUACCGCCUGCUCUGGAUGACAUUGUGAGACCACUGAUCGAAUAUGAACCCAAGUCGCGCACGCAUGCCAAAGAUCUGGUGAUACUGUUGAAGUCAAAAGUUGAUCUCACUAAAAGAUACGGGUAUACAUGGUAGGAAAACACUUGUCAAGAGAUAUUUGGAACCUCUGAUUGUAUGUGUUUUUAUUGUUUAUCAAUAAUAUAUUAAUUAGCCUAUUAAUUAUAUAUUGCAGGUUCUGUAAUCUUUUAAUGUCAACAUGUAUUCCUUUACUCCAUCAUGCAUAUCUGACCAUUUCUCAAGAUAAAUGUUAAAUAGACUGCAAGUUUCAAAUGUAACUGAGUGUGCAAAUGUAAUUACGUUUUCGAGGGUUAAGUCAACGUUCCUAUGAUCCUCCAGAUUUGAUUUAAUGCAGUGUGCUACACUGUGUGGAAGUUCAUUCUUUGUGACCGUCUUCGGCUCAAUAAAUGCAAAGAAAUACAAAUGUCUCCGUUAAACACAGAGCAUGUUGGAUACAUCACUCAUUUGUCACAUUGUAUCUGUGCCACGGUAACUGCACACUGCUACAACAAACACCAACAGCUGGGUCUGUGUACACCU